AUGGAAAAGGAAAUUAAUCACAGGGUGAACAGAUUGCGGAAAAUUUUCCGCAGGUCACGCUCACAAGCCAACCUUGAGCUUCUCAAAGAAGCUGUGGCCCAUGCGCGACAGGUAGCCCGAGAAGAGAAAGAGGCCAAGUGGCUAGAAUGGUGUGAAGGCUUCAGCCAAUCCACAUCACUCAAAGACCUCUGGGCCUGCCUCCGGCGCGCGACUGGAGGGAGGACGAAAAAGAGCCCCGCACACCCUAAUGCCAGGGAGGAGGCUGAGAGGCUCAUCCUCUCUUACACACGAAGAGCCGACACGAGGCAACUCCCCGCAGAUGCCCAGAGACGCCAGGAACAGCUGCUUCCUCAGCGACUCGCCCGUAUCAGAGCGGCUAAGGAACGCCCAGCUUGCACAGACCAGCCUUUUACGCUGCAGGAACUGCAGAGGGCUGAGAAAACUAGCAAAGACACCGCCCCAGGUGAGAACAGAAUAACAUACACUAUGCUGAGAAGCAUGGGACCAGCAGGGGAGAGCGCUUUGCUCACUCUCGUCAAUGCCUCCUGGAGAGCAGGAAGGCUACCGGUUAGCUGGAAAACGGCAGUCAUCCACCCCAUUCCGAAACCCAAGGAACCAAGUAAGACCAGACCUAUCUCGCUGUUAAGUUGUGUAGCCAAAACAGCCGAGAGAAUGGUUCUAAAUCGUCUCAAGUGGAAACUGGGUGAACCACAUGAGAAUAUAUAUGGUUUUGCAGAAAGGAGAAGCGCUGCGGACAGCAUCGCCUCGCUCCUAGCGGAGAUAAACAACAGACCAGCUAUAGUAGUCUUUCUCGAUUUAGAAAAAGCAUUUGAGUUGGCCUCACCAACCUCUAUAGCUGACAAGCUGGUAACGAGAGGAGUCAGUGGCCGCUUACUCAGUUGGACCCACGACUAUCUCACCGACCGCAAAGCUAAAGUAAAAUUCCAGGGCCAAAUCUCAAACGUUUACCAGUUUGAGAACGGCACACCGCAGGGAGGAGUCCUAAGCCCCACGCUCUUUAAUAUCCUCAUGGAAGCUCUUGUAAGCAUGCCCUUCCACAGAAACGUCACUCUUCUCAGCUAUGCUGAUGAUCUGGCCCUCGUUUCUACUGGCCAGGGAGACAGAGUUGCCAGAGCGCAGACUGGCCUUGAUGCAGUAGCCACUGUAUGCAUGGACCUGGGGCUUAAGAUCUCAGCUGAAAAGUCACAGGCAAUGGCCGUGAUGACACCUACCCCUGAUAGGAGUCUCAGCAUCCAGGGUGUUUGCCUACAAUGGGUGCCGGCGUACCAGUACCUUGGAGUUUGGGUGGACCAAAGACUGACCUUUAGGAAAGAGGUAGAGUACCUCAAAGAAAGAACGAAGACGCGUCUAAGCGUCAUGAGAGCAAUAACUAACACUAGGGCUGGGGCAACCCACCGUGUGUUGCGACUGUAUUACGUACAGGCUGUCCGAUCCUUGAUUGACUACGCAGCAGUGGGGUUAGUGUCCCUUGCUGAUAGCAACAAGAAGAGCCUGGAGACAAUACAGAGUCAUGCAUUGCGAACCAUCCUCGGGGCUCCCCGAUGGACCAAUGUACUGGCCUUACAGAAUGAGGCCGGCCUACCUCCUUUAUCAAUGAGGAUCGAGCAGCUUGCAGCCACGUUUGUUGCCAAAACUGUUACCAGCUCCAAUAAUAGCCCGGCUCGCCGGCGCCUUUUUGCCACUCUCCCACAGGACCACAGGCUCUUCACGGAGAAGACUUGGCUGCGCAGCAUGGUGCGCGCCACACAGCUAACGCUCCAUGACGUGGACCUGGUUGGAAGGGGGGAGGACAGACGGAUUGAGGGCUACAUGGAUUCACCACCAUGGACAACAGUGGCAGCAGCCACCAUCCACACGACUACGCUACCAUGCAAGAAGACACAGUGCCCGCGAGAUAUGCUUCUUGCCAGGGCCAAUGACACCUUUCUCCAGACAGGUACAGUAGGUGCUCGGGUAUAUUACACAGACGGCUCUGUUGAUCCGAACACAGGUAGGGCAGCCGCAGCAUUUGUGUGCGGCGAGGAGAGACAUGGCUGGAGGACGUCCGACCAUUGCUCCACCCUGCAAACCGAACUUGUAGGUAUAACCUCCGCUCUCUUACACGCCAGACAGCAUAACAACACACACAUAAUAGUUUAUACAGAUUCAAUGACAUCGCUGCAGGCCCUAAGACGCACCCCAGUCAGGGAUAACGUCAGGCUUAUUACCAUGACCAGGCUCUUGUUGUCUCGACUGAAAGACGAGGGCAAAAGGGUGACACUAGCAUGGAUUCCUAGUCACAUAGGUAUUGAAGGGAAUGAAGCAGCAGACAAUGAGGCCAAUAGAGCACUGACACAGGAUCAACCGUCAAUUAAUGUUCCUCUUAGCUUCCAACAGAUUAAGAAACUAGCACGGUUGGCUACCACACAGAGGGCACGAGAGCUGCGGAGAGAUGCAGAGGCGCAUUCCGCCACACUCCAGUGGCAGGCGCUAACGACCAAUGGCGAACCACUGGUGUUACCAAACUCCAUCACAAGGUGUGACAGAGUAAGUAUACACCGAUUACGCUUGGGUUAUCCCACAGUCAGGUCGCUUGGUGAGGACUUCCAAGGAGAACACUGCAGACACUGUGGGGACUUCUCGGAGGAACCUCUGAUCCACUAUUUGCUGGACUGCGAGGCAACGGGUCCGCUUCGUGCACUGGCAGCGAGGCACGGCCACGUAGAGAGCAGCGAUAGAUGGACAUCUGCAGCGAAACUGGUCAGGUUCGCAACAGACGACUACCAGAAACUACUGGAUCACAUACGAAGGUAUGCACCCCCUAGAUAG